AUGCGCCUCGCCCAAAUGGCGUCCCAUCUCUCCAACGACUCCGUAGGCGCAUCUCUUGCAGAACUGCCAAAAUCAUGGACCUUCACAUCUUCUCUCCCUCCCGAUCCGAAAUUCCCCACGCCCGAUGUAUCGCACAAGACAGCCCGAGGCGAGAUAGAGCCGAGGCAGGUCAGAGGCGCAUUGUUUACGUGGGUCCGACCAGAGGAGGCGAGAGAGCCAGAGCUCUUGAGCGUGAGUCCGGCCGCUAUGCGGGAUCUGGGAAUCAGGGAGGGGGACCAGAAGACAGACGAGUUCAAGGAGACUGUUGCGGGCAAUAGGCUGCUGGGAUGGGAUGCUGAGAAGGGACAGGGCGGGUACCCUUGGGCACAGUGCUACGGAGGGUGGCAAUUUGGGUCCUGGGCGGGACAGCUGGGCGAUGGGAGAGCCAUCUCUCUGUUCGAGACGACGAGUCCGAUCACGAACACUAGAUACGAGUUGCAGUUGAAGGGGGCUGGGAUUACCCCGUAUUCCAGAUUUGCAGAUGGGAAGGCUGUUCUGAGAUCCAGUAUCAGAGAAUAUAUCGUCUCGGAAGCUCUUAAUGCCCUGAACAUACCUACGACUCGCGCUCUUUCGUUGACGCUACUUCCGCAUUCGAAAGUCCGCCGAGAGACUUUGGAGCCUGGGGCCAUUGUUGCUCGAUUUGCCCAGUCUUGGUUACGGAUUGGUACUUUCGAUAUUUUACGAGCUCGCGGAGAAAGAGAUCUGAUUCGGCAACUGUCUACUUAUAUUGCGGAAAACGUGUUCGAUGGAUGGGAAUCACUGCCAGCGAGGAAUCCGUCAGAAACUGGUAACGAUGGCAGUCAAUUGCCAACAGGUGUUGCGAGAGACACCAUUGAAGGUCCUGCUGGCCUCGAGGAGAACCGCUUUACACGCCUCUAUCGCGAAAUUGUACGACGCAACGCCAAAACGGUAGCAGCAUGGCAAGCAUACGCUUUCACCAACGGUGUCUUGAACACGGACAACACAUCUAUAUUUGGCCUGUCCGUCGACUUUGGUCCUUUUGCAUUUCUGGACAACUUUGACCCCAAUUACACACCCAAUCACGAUGAUUACAUGCUUCGCUACUCUUACAGGGCGCAGCCUACGAUCAUCUGGUGGAACCUGGUUAGGCUCGGCGAGUCCCUGGGCGAGUUGAUGGGUAUUGGAGAGGGCGUCGACGCAGAAGAAUUUGUCGCAAAAGGAGUCCAGCAAGAGGACGCAGACGCGCUGAUCUCAAGAGCCGAGGCCCUCAUCACCCGCACGGGCGAGGAAUUCAAAGCUGUCUUCCUACAAGAAUACAAGCGUCUCAUGACUGCUCGCCUCGGUCUGAAAGUACAUAAGCAGUCCGACUUUGACGAAUUGUUCAGUGAGCUACUGGAUACCAUGGAAGCCCUAGAACUGGACUUUAACCAAUUCUUCCGCAAGCUCGGCCAUCUCCACGUCGCCGAUCUCGAAACCGAAGAGCAGCGAAAGGAGAAGGCGGGCGUCUUCUUCCACCACGAGGGCGUGACGGGACUCGGCAACACGGACGAAUCGGCCCGCGCCAGAAUCUCCGCGUGGCUGCAGAAAUGGCGCGCGAGAGUCGCGGAAGACUGGGGCGCGAACGGCGAAAAAGACGAUGAUGACGCCGCCCGACAGGCGGCGAUGAAGAAGGUGAACCCGAAAUUCAUCCCCAAGAGCUGGAUCCUGGAUGAGCUCAUCAGGCGCGUGGAGAAGGGCGGCGAGAGAGAGAUCCUCGACCGGGUGAUGCACAUGGCGCUGAACCCAUUCGAGGAGAGCUGGGGGUGGGACGAGAAGGAAGAGGAGAGGUUCUGUGGCGACGUGCCGAGGAGCGAUAGAGCUAUGCAGUGUAGCUGCUCUUCGUAG